GAUAGUCCUUGCUAUUAUACUCCGUACACCUAGUGAAUGUUCUAUGAUGCCUCGCAUCAGCUACAGAACCCGUUCAUGAUUUUUUAAAGGUUAUUUCAUUCGCAGCUUUUCCAUUCCCAAAGUUAAUAAUUCAACAAAAUUUCAGUGAAGUUUAGUUUGAAACCAAAAAAAGUAUUUUUAUGUUAAGAAUUUAAUAUGUGAAAAGGCGAAAGGUUGAAGAUCUCGACCAAAAGAUACCCUCUGAAUGGAUGGCUGCACUUGAGAGGAUUUCCGAGCCCCCAAGAGAGUCAUCAAUACAUUCAUUGGAUACUCCUACCGAUCGCUUUAGAAUUCGAUCGACUGGCAGAUCUAGCGUGCAAUGCAUAGACUCAUAUAUUUCAAAAUUACUUAAAAACUACUGGACAAGCACAUCAUGCCCGCGUUGUGGUCGGAAAACCGGCAAGUCAUGCAAGAAAACCACAACAAACGGGCGAACUAUAAAAGACACUUGACCCUCAACCCUCAACAAUAUUCAAGGAAGAACUACGGCCAAGAUGUUGAGCAAGCUUGUGCCCCGCAUCAAAGCCAAGCCACUGACGGAGAGGACUAGCUCCCGCGAUGCCUUUGUCUACUUGGAUCGAGUGCAGAAGUUCUUCGGCUGGACAGCGGUCGAGGAUGAGAGGUGGAGGAUCCCCUACAUUCUGUGGGGUAUUUUCAUGAACCUGAUGCUGAUCUUCUUCCUGCCGAUCUCGAUGCUGGUGGCAUACAUUCAGAUGUUCAAGAGCUUCACGGCGGGCGAGUUUCUCAGCUCCCUGGAGAUCACGGUGAAUAUGUACGGAUGCGUUUUGAAGUGCAUCUACACCAUUUGGGGCUUCAAGGGGUUUACGGCAGCCAGAAAGGUGCUCGACGAGCUGGACCUGCGCUGCACCAGCGACGAGGAGCGAACCAGUGUGCACCGCUGCGUGGCUCUGGGGAACCUGAGCUACGUGUUGUUUCACAUCUUCUACUCGGGAUUUGUGGUCAUCAACUGGACGGGCUACGUCCUGAUGGGCAGGCACGCCUGGAUGAUGUACCUCCCUGGACUAGACGCUGAAAAUAACUUCUUCAUAGCCAGCUUGUGCGAGAUGCUUCUGAUGAGCGGCGUGGUCACCAUGGAUCAGUGCACGGACGUCUCUCCUCUGGCCCACAUGCUGAUGGCUCGCUGCCACAUCUGUCUGCUCAAGGAUCGGUUGACUAAACUGCGCACGGACCCCACCAAAGACGAGGACGAACACUACGAGGAGCUGAGCAACUGCGUCCACGACCAUCGCUUGAUAUUGGACUAUGUCAAUGCUCUGCGGCCCACCUUUUCAGGGACCAUAUUCGUGCAGUUCCUUUUGAUUGGCAUAGUUCUGGGCCUGUCCAUGAUCAACCUCAUGUUCUUCUCGACCCUCUGGACGGGCCUCGGCACCGCCUGCUUCAUGUUCUGUGUGUGCCUGGAAACCUUUCCCUUCUGCUACGUUUGCAACAUGAUCAUCGAUGAUUGCCAAAAGCUAUCGGACAAUCUGUUCCAAUCGGAUUGGACGGCUGCCAGUCGCAGAUACAAGUCCACGCUGGUCUACUUUCUGCAGAAUCUGCAGAAACCGAUUAUCUUAACAGCGGGUGGAGUGUUUCCCAUCUGCAUGCAGACGAAUCUAUCGAUGGUGAAGCUGGCCUUUUCCGUGGUCACCGUUAUAAAACAAUUCAAUCUAGCGGAUAAGUUUCAGUAGGAAAACACUACUAAAAGGACAUGAAUAUCUUCAUUAGUUUAGGGCGAGGUCCAUCCCCAAGAAAGGAUGCAAAACAUACCUAAGUUGAUUAGACCUUGAUAUUGAUAUUUCGUUGUCAACUAGAACUAGAACGGAACUAGAAUCACAAAAACGUUAACUAACGAAAGUAGCAACUGAUUUCACCUGUAGAAGAAAAUAAAUCUUUAAAUGCAGAUUUUUCCUUGGGCAAUAUCGUAUUUUGUCACCAUUUUCCAUGGCCUGCUAUGAGUCAUCGAAUCAGCUACAGGACCCCUAUAUAUCCCCACCUUGCAGUUUUUGUACUAUUGGCUGCAUUAUCAUGUAAAUUUUACCAAAACAAAUGUCGCUAUGCAAUUAGUCGGGACAUUGCAAUUGGCAGUGCAGCGGCAAUGUGUGCAAAUUCUGUUACCGAAAAUAGAGCUAAUUAUAAACGAGGAGACCAUUUAUACACGUAAUUUAUAUUUUCGGGGUUUGCAUAUCGCUCUCUGCGGCUUCUAUUCCAUGUGACAUCAUUUCAACGGCCAAAAUUACCAUAAAAAUAAUGAAUUUUCACAUUUCCACAUGUAAUAAGCUUCUGGCUAAGCCAAUUCAGUCAUUUCAAUCCCUUGCGGAACUGAACUUUAUUUGGGGGUGAUAGAUUCAAAAACCUCUUCUAAACGUUUUAAAGACUCUGAAGUGGUUUCGGAGACUGCAUUUUUGAGCCAUUUUUUGAAAAAGGGUACCCGAACUCAACUAAGACUUGGAACAUUCAACUGUAAAAGACUAUAAAUAGUGCAGGCAAUGGUUUUAAAUCUUUUUGUUGGACGCACAACCAUAGGAACACCUCUGCUCUGCUGUUUGCUUCGAUUUUUCCUCUGUGAAACGUUAAACGUUGACGUUAAAAAAUUCUUCUUCAUUUAAAAAAAAAUAAAUAUAAAAUUUUUCGAUUAAUUAACAGACUCGUCAAAAGAUUCUGCGGCGCAUUCGUACCGUUCGACGUAUCUUUCGACUGCGUUUAAUUUGCAUAUGGAUGGCGGUGGCCUUUUGUGUCCGCUUCCGCAGCUGUGUCUGUGUCUGUGUCCUCAAUGCCAAAGAGUCAAUAUUAUUACGGUCUACGCAUACCAUUUCGGUGGUGGAGAGGGCCAGGGGGAGGCAACCGCAAAGCGUUGGCAAAAAUGCUUUCAAUUAAUUAAACACCCGAAAAGCGACACCGUAAUGAAAAUGCAAUGUGCUGAGAGAGCGAAUAAGAGAGAUACGCGUACAGAGUGGCAAACUCGACCGACUCAAUCAAAAAGGAAUGCCAAUGUGGAUCAAUGUCGAUACCUGAGAUACCCUUCCUGAGGUAUCUCUCUAUUGGAGCUACUGUACGAUACUAGAUGACUCUGAUUGGGAUCAAAAUUUGGAUCAGCAACCGAUUAAGGAUCCUGUAGCAUGUGGCUAAGGAAGGGACUUGUUAGCAAAGGCGCGGAAAGGUGGUCUCUUCUCCUGGGUAGAACAAUGCCCCUACAGCACCCAACCAGGACAUAGGCCCUCUCUUGCUCUCUCUAUCUGCUGCUGUGUGCGUGUCUGUGGCUAGUGCGGCAUGCAGCUCAUUAAUAAUACAGAUAAUGUGUGUUGGAGGCAAUCAUUUUUCGGUUGCAUGCCAGCGCGGUGGCGCUGAUUAACACAGCCACCGGUCAGCAGAAUGUCAGCGAAUACUGAGUGUGGGGGCCAAUGCCAUGGGUUAAGAGUAACGGGAAUGUGGGACAACGAACCAUUACAAUUCGAAUUAAUGGCGUUUUGGUAAUGUUUUUACUGUGUUAAUGGCAUGUUCAGUGGUAUAUCGAAGGAUUGGGUAGCGGCUUAAUGGCAUCUCAGUCAUAUAUCUUGCAAUUCUGUAAAUUAUAAUCGAAAAUCAUUUUAAAUGUAGGUGUGCAUGGCCUGGAAGACUUUUUUAAGGGAUGCACUUAUUGCUUUCUUAAGAGCUUGAAAGACUCAGACUCUCAGACUGAAAUAUUUUGUUAAUUAACUGAAGAUUAUGUAUAUGAAUUCUACAGAAAUUAUGACCUGAAUCAAGCUGUAAAGCUAAUGAGCUUUUUCUUUAGGUUCUGAAGUUUUUAAAGAAUAAAAAGUCGAAUGGGUUUAAAGAAAAGGCACAACUUACUCUUAUGUGUAGACUCUACAAUAUUGUAGAGCGACGUCUGCGUAUGCAUGUACAUAUAUUGCACUUUAUUGAUAGACGAAAGCAUGUGUGUAUGUACAUAUGUCGGUCUGCGUGGGAGCGACCGAUGAACAACCGAAGAUCAGCUCAAGACCGACCAAGGCCAGCGACCCGAAUUGUCCGAAUUGUUUCGUUAGAAAUUGAGAGAACGAAAAAGAGCGACAGAAUGAGAGCGCUAGAUCAGGCUCGGGCUGCAGCUAAACCUCGAACGAACGACAGACAGAGCGCGAGCGAGCUGUAGGAACGAAGAGGGUGGACAGAGAGGCGAAAGAACGGCCACUGUAGCGCGUAAGCAUUUACGGUAAAGCAUCGAUUUGAUACAGUGGGCAGUGCAAAUAGCGAACAAUAUUGCUGGCUAUUAUUUAAUUUGGGAAUCCCAUUUAAUGAAUAACAUCUGGGAUGACAGCUUCUGGGAUCGGUUCUUGCUGAAUCAAGGAUUCAAGGUAUCCAGGAACUUAUCGGUGUGCGUGACUGUAUCAGAAGAUACACUCUUUUCUAGCUUUUGUUGUUCUUAAUUGAGCGUUUACAUUUGCAGUGCAUUUCGACUCACCUUUUCCUGGUCAGAGCUGGAAAAAACGCUUUAUUCUAAAGUAAAUUCCCAAAGGGGGAAAGCAAAGUGUUUGCAUUUCUUGACUUCAAAUUAACAAAUGCUCUGGGCACCAGUCCAGUCCCGCGUCAGCAUAAAUUGAUAUACUAUAAAGCGGGAAACUUAAAGUUUGGUCAAUAAAUCUACUGCUCUCGGAGCGACAGUCCCUUUCGCGCUGUCCACUUAAUAAAGUGCAAACAGGCAAGUGAUUAUUUCACAGCUAUUGUUCGACGCGUACUCUCUCGCACCCCCACGACAGCGUUCGCUGCAGGGAACCGGAUGCGGGUAGGGGAUGGCGGGGACAACUAGGGAGGGAGCUGGUCCAACAAAAGGAUUUGCGUAAUAACCAAAGAAACGAACCAGAAACAGUAACAGAACCACCCGAAACAGAUAUAAAAAAUACAAUAACGAAAAGAAAGCGCGAAAAAUUGUGCAGCGUGAAAAAAAAUUUAAAAGUACGGGCAUACUACAAUGGCAGCAAAAGAUGGAGAGGGAGGAGAGCUGGGGAGAUGGAGGUGGGCCGGUCAUCUGCUGUCCAGAGUGCUGCUGUAGAAAUUUACGAGCUGCUUUAUGGCCACCCAUACACACACGCAGACACACACGUACCGAAAUCGACAGGGAAAUGGUCACGCACUGAAACUCAUACGCUCACUCAUACUCAUUUGCCUCGAGCUGGCAGUCCUCUCAGCCACGCACACAAUAUAAAGAAGGAGAGCGUGAACAAACAGAUCCGUUUACUCUCUCUCUCUCUCCUUUUCGAUUUCACAUGCACACUGGAAAAAAUGUAUGCCAUUUAAUCGUAAAAAAAUGCCUAAAAAAUAAAUAUAUACUCCUACUCAUGGCUAACGAUCCAUUGAACGAGAUUAAGUAUUAUCCAGUAAUCAAGGAUGAUUUGUAAAUUGUUUUUCUAGUGUAUUUAUUUUUACACUCGCGUGAAAUACUCUUGAUUACAUAAAUCCCCACACGCACACACACGGAAAGUUGGGAUAUAAACAUUUAUGGGGACUUCGAACACCCUUUUAUUGAAUUAAAAUCACUCGUAACAGAAUAUUUGCAUUUUGCGGAAAAGAAAAUCGUGUGGAAUGAACUGUAGAAAUGGAAAACUUGCUCAAACAAACUUAAAAUUAGCUGAACGGUAAUUCAUAACCAUGGCAGCUAAAAGCUUCCACAUUCAUGCCAUAUUCCACAACAAAAGUCCGAUCAUCGGUUGGAGCAACAUGCACAAUACUAAGACUCGUAAAUAUUGAACUUCCUGCGAAAUUCAAAUUUAGUUGCUAGAUAACCAUGAAGGCGUCUAUGGCACGAAAAAAAAAAACUCACAAAUUAGCGUUCAUCAUCAAUCAUCUGUUGGAGCUGGUGCUGCCACAGAGCGGCAGCAGCGUCAGUCGAGGCCAAUCGGGUAGAAUGCUGACGCUAAUUGCAAUUUGUGGUUGCAUGCAGCAGCACCAGAAGAGGCAGCAGCUCGAUGCUAGUUCACGUUACAAUCGCUGGCAAACAUCGUUUGGAUUUUGGCCCCCCGCCACGUUCCACGUCUCGCAUCGCACAUCCCAUGCCUUGAACCCCUUCCGCCAAGGAUGAUGAUGGAUUUGGGUUGGAAAGUGCCGCGAAGUCGAAAAACCGCACCAUACGAGGAGUCAUCCACUCUAUUCCACACAAUUCAAUUGGAGGAAGUUUGGGACUCGGGCUGGGUAACGUGCAACGGGUAACCAGGUAAACUCAAUCAAGGACAGGUGGCCGACAACUGCUUCCAUACAACAUACUCGUAUUCAAAUCAAGUGUUCAGUGUUUGCCCA